CACUGGGAUUCUGCGCACAGCUAAUCUCAGAGCCUGUGAUUCUGCAACGAGAGAGAGAGAGAGAGAGAGAGAGAGAGCGCCCCAAGUUCCACAACCCAGUAUGGCAUCAGGGGACCUUUAUGAGGUUGAAAAGAUUAUAGACAAAAGAAAGGACAAAAAAGGCAAAUGGGAAUAUCUCAUUAGAUGGAAAGGUUAUGGGAGUAAUGAGGAUACCUGGGAACCGACGCAUCAUCUACUGCAUUGUGAGGAGUUUAUUGCUGAAUUUAAUGGUCUGCAUUGGUCCAAGGAGAAGCAGGUGAAAUCGGGGAAGCCAAGCAGUGCAUGCAAAUUUUUACCAGAAAGUCAAAGUGCAUCCAUUGAGGAAACAACCUACAGGCCUUCAGAAUUUGAGAAAGAUCCUACUCUGGCCAAUCGAGAUUCAAACCUGCAGAGUGUUAUGAAAAGAAAAACGGAUGGGAAGACAGAUGUCUUUGAUACGAGACUCAGAUAUAGCAUCCGUCAAAAUGAAAAUAACAGUCGAUUUCGAGACAUUGUGGUCAGGAAGGAAGAUGGAUUCACCCACGUCGUACUCUCCAGUCAGACAUCUCGUAACAAUGCCCUGACCCCUGAGAUUAUGAAAGAAAUGCAGAGAGCCUUAUGCAGUGCAUCAACUGAUGACAGCAAGCUUUUACUUCUCAGUGCAGUUGGAAGUUCAUUUUGUAGUGGCUUGGAUUACUCUUAUUUACUAAGCCAGUUAUCCAACGAUAAAAGAAAGGAAAGCACCAGGAUUUCAGAGGUCAUCAGGGAUUUUAUAAAAUCUUUCAUCAAUUUUAAGAAGCCUAUUGUAGUAGCUGUCAAUGGCCCUGCCAUAGGGCUCGGAGCAUCUCUUCUGCCUCUGUGUGAUAUUGUGUGGGCGAGUGAUAAGGCUUGGUUUCAGACACCUUAUGUUGCUGCCUGCCACACUCCCGCUGGAUGCUCUUCAUAUACAUUUCCACAUUACCUGGGUGUGGCACUGGCAAAUGAGAUGCUGUUCUGUGGAAGGAAGCUCACGGCGCAGGAGGCUUGCAGUAAAGGGCUUGUAUCACAAGUAUUUUGGCCAGUAACCUUCAGUCAAGAAGUAAUGCUACGAGUGAAGGAAAUGGCCUCCUGUAGUGCUGUGGUAUUAGAAGAAUCCAAAUGCCUGGUGCAAAGCUUCCUGAAAUCUGUGCUGGAAGAUGCCAAUGACCAAGAAUGUCAGAUGUUAAAACAAAUAUGGAGUUCUUCCACAGGAUUGGAUUCAUUAUUGAGCCACCUCCUAGACAACAAAUGACCAAGUCUAAAAGUCCAAGUGAAACUGACUUUGAAAUAUUAUUUCUGUUGAAAAAAAAUCAAAGCCACAUUGGCCUUGAAAGAAGUGUGUGCCAGCAUCUCACAAUGUCUAUGGUUAUACCAAUUUCCUUGUGAGUUAUUCUGAAAAGUUACUUGUGUGUUUCUAAUAAGUGAGAGUGACUGUUUUACCAUUCAACUUGAAUUUAUAUAAUACUGUUGUAAUCUACAACUCUUCUGGUUAGAAACACAGGUUCUCUAAUGCACCAUCAGGGUCCAUUAAGGGACCAUCUCUACCAGUGUCUGAUGCAACACAUAUUUUUUGUGAGAGUAUGUAAAUCUGAUUUAAAUCACUUUCAAUCUAGAAAUGCUUUGUUACAAAGGUAUUCUUCAAAUGUGUAGCCAGCUUGAUAACAUAUAUUUAU